AUGGCGCCCACAUUCCUGAUUCUCUUGGGGGCCGCCGUCGCACUGGGAGCCGACGUACGUCCUGAUAAAAACUCCUCACUCCUCCCGCCCGUCAAUUUCACCGUUCACGCCGUGGGUUUGGCGCAAGUGCUCUUACGCUGGGACCCCAAGCUCGGCUACCGCGUGAAGAUCCACGCGCCGGAGGACGAGGAAUACGAAACCAAGAACACGGAGAGCAAACGGGCGGCCGCGCUUCACCGCGGCUUCUCGGCCAGCGUGCGGACGGUCCCCUGGGAAGAGCCCUCCCUCCUGGCGAGCGACUGGGUGUCCGCUGAGCUCCCGCCCCCCCCAGGGUCUCCUGGGACCGCCGCGGUGAACCUGACCUGCUCCACCAGCACCGUGGCGAGCAACGGGACACGCGCCCGGCCCUACCACGUCUCUCUGCGCUGCGCCUGGCUGGGGGGCGCCCAGGCCCCCGAGGACACGCAGUACUUCCUCCGCUACAGGUACGGCGCGCGGACGGAGGAGUGUCGCCGGUACAGCCAGGACCCGCGGCAGAGGAACGUGGCCUGCUGGUUCCCGCGGACGGGCAUCGACGCCAAAGGGCGGGACCGGCUCGCCGUGCAGGUCAGCGGCUCCAGCGCCCGCGCGGCCAUCCAGCCGUACGACAGGCUGUUUGCUCUUCACGCGAUCGAUCGCGUCAACCCUCCAGGGAACGUCACGGCCGAGGUCCAGGGGAGCCGUCUGCAUGUCCGCUGGGGGAAGCCCGUGUCCGCCUUCCCGGGCCAUUGCUUUGAGUACGAAGUGAGACUCCACAACACAAGGAAGCAGUACUUACAGACAGAAAAAAUGACGACCAAUGAGUUCACCACAACAGUUCAUGACAUUUCUAAGUAUUGCAUCAAAGUGAGGGGCGCCGUGAGCUCCGUGUGCAGAGAGGGGGGGCUCUGGGGCGAGUGGAGUCCAGCGAUUUCCGUGGGAAACGAGGCGCAGAAGUCCUGGACGGAAUGGUACCCGAUCACGCUGGUGGCCGCCCUGUGCCUCGCCUUCGUCUCCUCCCUCGCCUGCAGAACAUGUCACGUGUGGACCAAGCUGUUUCCACCAGUCCCAGGACCCAAAAGCCACAUUCAAGACUUCGCUGCCACAGUGAACUACGAGAAAUCCGGGUCGCGAGAGACAGAGAGCGAAGUCAUCAGCUACGUGGAGGAGCCCGGGCUCGAGGUCCUGGAGGACUUGGUGUUCUGACGGGGUGUGGGCCGCCGGCAGCGAGGACUGCUUCCCGCUCAGAGGCGCGGAG